CAGCUGUACGCUUUUCCGUGUUUUUACAGACCCGAAACUCUAUAAAUAAUGAACUUGAUUAUUAAUCCAACACAAGUGCAUUGCCACAAACUUGAUUAUUAACACCACCAAUCACUUGACAAUUUACAUUCAAUCAAGUACAAGACAUGAGCAAAACACUAGCUAUAUGGUUCUUUCUGUUGUUCAGCAUUCUCACGUAUUCAGCUUACGGAAGCACAUGCACUGAAGAUACUGGAGAUUUUAGAACCUCCAAGCCAGAACAAAAGGAGCCUAAACCAAUGCACGGUAUGAUCAUGGGAUCAAGCAAACCUUGCAGUCAAAGAAAAUUUCCAGAAUUGCAUGCUGCCAGAUAUACAAGGAUUUCUCGGUUAGGAAAAGCAGUUUAUAGAGGACCAAGCAACUUAAGGCCCCGCAAUGUUCGGAAUGCAUCAAACUCCAAUUCAAUCAAACCUCCAUCCUUAUUCAUGGCGGCACUUGGGCAUCUGGUUUUUGGACUGCUUUUAGUUCCUUGCUUCUAUCGAAUUACUUAGACCUGAAUCUUCAUCUUGUUACCAUUACCAUGGCACCCAAAAGAUAAUAUAAUUUUCUCGCUA